GUAACUAGCUGCUAAAGUUAGUCUUACAGAUUCUACUGCCGCUCUCGUUACUGUGUAACUUUUGCAGAAGUGACCAAAGAUGCCUAAGAGUGCCAAAAAGAGGAAGGCCAAGCGGGCAGACUUUAACAAGGUCAAGUUGAAGGUCGGGAAGAAGCUGCCCAAGGCUGACAAUGUGACGGACACCACGUUCAAGUCCAGGGCCAUCCACCUGCCCGACCAGCUGAAGACUGAUACCACCCAGCCAACCAACUUCAGACAACAGAAUGUUAAGGACCUGCUGACCCAGUGUAACCACUACAGUGCGUCAGUACGCCAUGAAGCCAUCACAGGACUGAAGGACCUCCUAGCGCGACAUCCCGCAGUCGUUCCCUCCCACCUCUCGUCUGUCGUCGAGAAGUGCUCCGAGCUCUUCGUCGACAAGGAUCCCGUUGUCAGAAAAGCCGCCAUUGGCCUGUUACGUCACACCUUCAGCCAGGCAUCAGCCAAUCAGAUCUCUCCUUUCUUUUCCUUGAUCAGCGCACACUUGUGCUGCGCCAUGACACAUAUUUUCGAAGACAUUCGUCACGAUUCACUCGCCGUUCUGGACGUGUGCCUAGAACACUACCCCUCACUCUUAACGUCAAGAAGCGGGCAAAUCCUUACCAACUUUGUCGGACAAAUCUCAAGUAUGAAGGAUAAAGGAGUGAAGAAGGAUGCAGCAUCUUCAAGUCAUAGACUUUCUGUGAACCUGAACAGUAGGCUGACAUCACUCCAGUGGAGGAGCAAAGUUCUACACAGACUUCAUCACUUUCUAAAGGCCAUGUUAUCAGAGAGUCAUAUAGGGGGUAGGGAGAGUGGUGAAGAGCAGAACAAGGGUUUUGUACAUGAGACAUUUGAUGGGACCAAGCCUCUACAUGUGCAAGUGUUUCCUUAUACUUCAUCAUCUAGUUCUACAGGAUACCUUAUUAGAGCUACAACCCCAAGCACAGCCUCGUUGUUCAGCCUACAUGACUUUGCUGCGUCCCUCCUGCCCCUGUUACUGGAGACGUGGGUGGAGGGUUCCCCGGGGGAUGGGGAGUCCCUGGUACACGCUGAUGUCACCGAUCUGCUCCAGGGGGUGUUAGAUGUGCUGAGGUUACUGUGGCAGUGUCUCCAGCACAGGGAACAGGACAAACAACAAGACAAGCAGAAGAUGGCAUUCCUACAGCACUACAAGAACAUACAGCUUCAUCUGAUGUCUGGGUUUCCAUAUAUGGUCAUGGAACAGUCCAAGAAGGGAAAGGGGCAGCAGAGGGACCAGAGUGGAGGGACCAACCUUCAGGCAUCCUCGACUCUGAACCUGAGCAUCUGUGAUGUCAUGACAUGUUGCCUUGAGCAAGACAGUGGCAGUACUGCAGCUGGAUGGCUGGACAAUGUGUUGGAUUUCCUGGUCAGUAGUAUGUCUGAUGUAGAUGAGAACUCAGCUGACCACAUGGACCGUGUUCUUAGGGUCAUACAGCAUGUCAUCAAGGUGCUACCGCAACAAGAUUUGUGUGAAGACUUGCUCACAGCAGUGCACGAGUGUUACCAGUCUGAGGAGACAUCUGAGAGGACCAGACAACAAGUGGUGCACUUCUUAGCACAGUCAUACCUACAGGGAGAUGCAGGCAUACAGCAGAGUGAGGUUCUGACCAAUUGGGUAGCCUCCCUGCCACACUAUCUGGUUACCAUGGAGACAGCCAAUCAGCAACAGACUGAGGAGGUCUUGCGUGUGGUUCAGUCUGCAGCCACUAGGGGGCACUCCUGCAUGGUGGAAAACUUGAUGGGGAACUUUCAGAACAUCUUUGGUAUUGGUGGGCUACUGUGCUCUGUCACCCCAUCUAUUCAAAGGCACCUGGUACAGCUGCUAUACCAUCUACCUCUGCUAGGGGGCCUCGAACUGUCCACUCUGGCUCAGGCCUGCAGACAGAGGAAAGUUGGAGUUCCUGUGGUGAAGUAUCUAGUGCAGAUUCUAUUGGCAAGGUCAUCAGCUAUGGCUGUCUGUGAAGAAGUGAAGCCACCAGUCGACACACCCAAUAUUCUCAGCUUUCUUAUGUCUAUAAUGAUAGGUGAGGAAGACAGCAUGACAUUCAGUGGAUGA